UAAUAUAAUUUUUUUAAGCCCCACUCCCAAACAGGUGCCGGACCAACACGUUUCAUAUCCGGCCCGAUCCGGAAUGUCAACCAUGUAGCCGCCGUAUAGCUCCGUGUCGAUCCUUGUAGGUCCUGGAACGUCCGACAUUGUCCUUGGGAAUCCGCUUGGCCAACACAGCAGUUCUGGAAAGUUCAAAACUGCCGUAUUGAUCAGUGACAAGCCGGGAAGAUGAUAGCAUCCGGGAUGGUCCUUGUAGGUGCAUAGUUUGGUCCGGUGACAACCGUAUAGGGUCCGGCGACAGCCGUACUAAUGCCUUGGAUGUCCGUGUGCGAUCUUGUCUGUCCGGGGACACUUGUGCGGUUGUCGCCGGAUCCUUCGCGGCGGUUAAACGGAAAACGCCGGUACUGUUUAAUUAUAUCGCUACCAUCACGGCUCAGCACGGCGCUGCUAAGGAGAAAGACGGUGAAACUACGGUCAUUUACGUUGGCAACGCGGCGGAUACACGGAGGAUGCCGAAUAGACAGGGUGCUUACAAGGACCUUCACGGUGUAAACACGGCGAAAACACAAAGUAUCACGGAGUAACACGGCAUAACACGGACGAUGGUGGAUGUUCAUUUAAAAUGGACAGUUCGAAAAUCGCUUCACUUUGUACAUAUGUGCUACCGACGAUGCAACAUGGGCAAUGAGAUGACGACCGAGGACAAGCUGAUGCUGAUGAGAUGCCAGCUUCUACUGCAAAACGCUCAGAUAUAAAUUCUGACAGCGUUGUGGUAAACAAGCACACUUUAUAAUGGCAACUGCAGAUACAUCGAGCGACUGUACCGAAAUCGAAUCCGAAAGUUGUGCGGCCCCCCAAACUGAAAGCGUCGAGAUCAUGUCGUCAGACGAGCUCACUUCGGAGCUGAUUGACGUUAAUAGACGCAUGGAAACACUCGCCUUUCAGUUGCAGUAUAAUAAAGCAGAACACAAAAAUGUUGUAGCGCUAAAGGACGAGAGAAUAGAAAAGUUAGAACGAGAGUUAGAGAAAAAGACUAUGACAGGGACAGAAAUGAAUAAUGACACUGAGAUACUUACAUCCAGAAUUUAUUAUCUGAAGAAGGAGUUAACUAAAUUGGAGGAAGAAAAACGGAUCCUGUUUACUGCCGCUGUACAUAAAGACGAAGAAAUUAAAAACUUGACAGCGAAAGUAGAAAAACUGCAUACAGAAUUGUAUGUAACACAAGAACGUUUUCGUGCAAAAACUGAAGAGGUCCAAUUGCUCAAUCAAAAGGAACACAGAUUACAAAGACAACUGGAUGAAAACAAUCAACUUAUGGCUGAAAAUCGCCAAUUUAUGGCAGAAAACACGAAAAUGAUGAAAGAGAUGAAGGAUCAACAGCAACGAGACCGAAUGAGUGAUAAACGCGACAUAAAAGAAAUGGAGGAUCGGUUAGUUAAAAAGAUUGUUCAUGAAAUCAAGGGCACUUCGCCACCGAAAGCUGGUCAACCGGUCCAAGAAAUUACUUUGGAGUUAAGCACAGAUGUAAAAUUUCCACCAAUUGUUAGCCGGACCACGCCGAAACAAACUAAAUCUCACAAAUAUUAAAAUGUAAUCAGGUGCCGAGGACAUAUUUUAUUGUAAGCGGCGUAGCGCACAGUCCUUAAGAUACGUAUCUGAAUAUGUUGAGAAGAGAUACGCAGGAGAGCGUUAAAUCAAUCUAACAACCUUUACUCAUCACGUUGUAUUUUUGCAUUUAUUUCAAUGAAAAACCAUUUAAAAGAGACUUAAUGUAGAUUAAAUGUUCUUUUGCAGUUUAUAUGUCUCUUCCUUACAGCAAUCCUAUUAAGAUAGGCACCUGCUUCCUUUUACUAUACUGAACUUGCGUGUAAGCAGACUUUAGAGCUGUUAAGAAAAGAAAAAAACAUUGAAAUGUAAUAAAGUUGGCAAAGCAUA